AUGGUGUUUCCUUUUUUCUGGUUGUCAGUCGACUUUAUUCGACGUCUGCGCCUGCUGUUUGACGAUACACCAGUUAGACGUGACGUCAUGAUGCUGUGUAACGUUAUCUACGUUCUUGCCGCCCUUAUAGCGUAUAAGCCCGUCGAAGGAGCACCCGACAAUCUUGGCACGGAGUUCAUUGUGGGCUACAUGACCAAUUACAAUGUGGAUUACCUGUGCGAACUGUUCGUCACCACCACUAAAACAACACCAGUCACUGUACAGGUCACGGCACCAAAAUACCCGGGCGUGAAUCUGCAGGAGUCGUUUGAGGUUGUGGCGGGGGAGGUCAAGCAGAUCUUCAUAUCACAGGACAUCCGGGGAGUGGGCACUGAGCUAAACUCUAAGGCUGUCUACCUUAAGGCCACGGACGAGGUUAUGGUGUAUGGCUCCAACAAAGAGAAGAACUCCAACGAUGCCUUCCUCGCAUACCCUGUGGACACGUUAGGGUCAGAGUACUACGCCGUCACCCAUUCUCCCAGCGAGCAACCCUGUGAAAUGAUGGUUAUAGGCGUUGAGGACGGCACGACGGUGAACAUAACGUAUCCAAACAACGCGAACGUCGGUGUUACGUACGGCAAAGUCACAUACGGAGCUGGAGACACACAGACGUUAACGCUGAACAGAUUUGAUACGUACCAGGCACAAUCGGUCGGGGAUUUGUCGGGUGCCCACGUGGUGAGUGACAAACCGGUUGUGAUGUUUUCCGGGAACCAGCUCACCAAUGUGAACCCACUGGACCCUAAUGGCGCGGGUGGCACCAGGGAUCACAUGGUUGACCAGCUGAUGCCUGUUAAGACGUGGGGUAAGGAGUUCGGUUACGUGGCGACAGGCGGACGGACGGUCGGAGAUGACAUAAAGAUUUUGGUGUCGGAGGACGCUACAACUAUCAAGGUGUCCUGUAGCAGCGGUCUCAGUCAUACUUUUACUAAGGACGCGGGCGAGUUUGCGGAGUACCACUCGCCUUCCAGCAUCGUGUGCUCAGUAUCUGCUGAUAAGCCCAUCAUGUUGACAGUUAUAACGCUCAGUGGACUCUCGGGCUCGGAGAGCGCCGACCCGUCCAUUAUUGUGAUCCCUCCGUUUGAGCAGUACGCCGCGGACUACACCUUCGCUACACCCCAAUAUUCCAUCGCCGGCUCCUCCUAUUCCAACUAUUUCAUGUUUAUCGUCCGGGCCUCGGAUAAGAACGGCUUACUGCUCGAUGGAAGCUCCUUUCCAAAGUCCACUUCAUACACGACCAUACCAGGCACAGACUAUGUUGGCGGAUUCAUGUCGAUUUCCCAGGGAACUCACACUAUCCGCCACACCUCCCCGAUUGCGCGGUUUUCAGGCUUCAUUUUCGGCAUGGCGCCUGCUGAAUCGUACGGCAUGACUACUGGUAUGCGGCUUGCCCCCAUCAACGAGCCGUGUGUUCCAUCUACAAUGGUUGUAGGAGACGGCAUGGACAACGACUGUGAUGGUCGGAUUGAUGAGGAGGACUGUGGCGAUGGCAGCGAUACAACCACCGAUGACGACGAGGACGGUAGCACGGGCGAGGACUGCGCCCGACCAUCUCCAAUUGAUGGAGAUUGGGGAAACUGGAAUCAAUGGUCCUCCGCCUGUUACUACAAGAGCGCCUACAGCGGCUACCGGAAGAGGGUCCGCGAGUGUGAUAGUCCGGCACCUCAGUAUGACGGCCAACAGUGUGAUGGUGACGCUAUGGAGACGUGGCUGUGCUACUCCGGUCCUUUUAUAAAGGACGGCGGCUACACCUCCUGGAGCACGUGGGCCUCGUGUAACGCCACUUGUGCGGGUCAGGCUGGUGUGAUCAAGCGCACUCGCACGUGCACGAACCCCACGCCAGAGAAUGACGGGGCGGACUGCAGCUCCCUUGGACCAGACUACCAGACAAUAGAAUGUUAUGCUCAGACCAAUGUCCCCUGUCCAGACCCAGUUGACGGCGGGUACGGGCAAUGGACGGAGUGGGGAGACUGUAGUACCACGUGCUCAACUGGCACGAGCACACGAACACGUGCUUGCGAUUCCCCCGCACAGGCCCAUGGCGGAGCGUACUGCAGCGUUCUUGGCCCGGCUUCGGAGUCACUAUCCUGUAACAAUACUGAAUGUCCAGUUGACGGAAACUGGGGUCAAUGGAGCCAGUGGUCCUCCGCCUGCUACUACAAGAGCGCAUACAGCGGCUAUCGAAAAAGGCUGAGAGAUUGUGACAAUCCGGCCCCGCAGUAUAACGGUAAUGAAUGCGCGGGAGACGACAUGGAGACCUUCUUGUGUUACUCUGGACCAUUUGUGGUUGACGGUGGUUAUUCUAUAUGGAGCGAAUGGUCAUCGUGUAACGCCACAUGCGGUGGUCUGUCCGGCGUCCGUACACGUACUCGCUCGUGCACGAACCCCGCACCAGCGGAGGGCGGAGCCGACUGCAGCUCCUUUGGACUGGACACCGAGCAUGACGCCUGUACUGACCAGACAAACGACCCGUGUCCAGUUGACGGAGACUACGGUGAUUGGACGACAUGGUCGGCAUGUUCGGCCACAUGUGAGAGCGGUACACAGCAGCGCACACGAUCCUGUGACAAUCCUGCCCCUCAACAUGGCGGGGCCGACUGUACCGGAAUUGGACCCGAUACUGGCUCCAAGGCGUGCAGUGUUGCCACGAUGUGCCCAAUUGACGGCGGGUUCACAGUAUGGAGCGCGUGGAGCUCCUGUCCGGUCACGUGCGGGAGUGGCACCGCCUCGCGUUCCCGGCAAUGCACAAACCCCACCCCACAGCAUGAUGGCGCCAACUGUGAUGGGCUUGGCAGUAGUUCGGAAACACAGUCCUGCAGCGCGAUUACUGAGUGUCCGGAACAAGACGGAGAGUGGGGCGAUUGGCAGUCGUGGGCAGCGUGUUCCGCAACGUGCGGAGACGGGUACCAGUACCGACUCAGAUAUUGUGACAACCCCGCACCAAGCGAUGACGGAAGCCAGUGUUUUGGGGAAUCACUGGAGCUGACCAGCUGCUCCGCCAAUCAGACCAGCUGCUAUGACGAGUCAGGUGGAUCGGGAGGAAAUGGAAACUUGAACGGGUACUCAUCGAACUAUUCUCAGACAUGUCCUUCCGGGUUCUUCACGUGUCAGAGCGGGCGGAUCACGUGUAUCGAAGAGAGCUUCGUUUGUGACUGCACCCCAGACUGUGAUGACGGAAGUGACGAAUCCUCCGCCUGGGGUCAGUGCUCGACCAUUUGUAGGAAUGACGCCUCAGUUCACGCCUGCGAUGACGGAUGGACGGAGUUUCAAGGCUCCUGUUACUUCAUGACCGGACAAACUGGCUCUCUGGUUGAUGCGGACACGGUAUGCAAAUCGCACGGGGCACAUGUUGUGUUCGUUGAAACUGGGGAAGAAAACCUGUUUAUUGCCGACUUCACACAAUCGUCUCGGUCUGGUAAGGCCAGCAUAGUUAAUGAGUAUUCCUACACAGCCAAAACCAUAAGGUCAUGUCGGGAUUUGUGA